AUGGCCAAUGCGAAGCAAUGGGAUACAGAUGCCGUUAGAGAUCUUUUUGAUGCGUCGGACACGAAUAAAAUUCUUCAGAUUCCGUUGUUGGAAGAAGUUAAAAAAGAUAGAAUGAUUUGGAAGGAGGAGCAGGAUGGUAUCUAUAGUGUGCGAACUAGUUACAAACUUUGGUAUCGUGCCGUUAGAAGUCGAGAGGAGGAUAUUAAGUCUCUAAUUUUUUAUAUCUACUCAAAGGAAGGAAAAGAAGUAUCAGGUAGAUUUGCGGUUAUGAUAGAUGUUAUUUGGAAAAACAAGAAUGACUAUGUCGGUCAUAAUGAGAAAGAAGAAGCGACAAACUUGGCAUUAAAAGCGAUGCACAUAUGGAAUGACUGGUUUCAAGCUCAGGAAGACUCGACAAACAAUGAUCGACCUCAUCAUGCUUUAGAAUGGAGUCCACCUUCUGUGGGUUGGCUUAAAUGUAAUGUGGAUGUGGAUUUUAAUAAUAAUAACGACACUACUAAUAGAGGGUGGUGUGUGCGUAACCACCUUGGCAAUUUUAUCUAUACAAGUAUUGCUUGGGAUCCAGGAACUCUUCCCGUCUUUGAAGCUGAAGCCUUGGCGCUUAAAGAGGUUAUUCUUGGAGCUAUAUCUUCGCACUUGGAGUUUUUGAUUUUUGAAAGUCAUUUCCAAAUAGUGACACAAGCUAUCCAUUCCAAUAGAAAGGGUGAUUCCGAGUUUUGUCUUAUUAUCGAGUCCAUUGGUAGUUUAUUACAUUCCUUUCCAAACUUUGAGGUGAAGUUUGUUAAAUGA